GCAAUCGCAGCCUUUUUUUUGUAUAUCUCAUCGACAACUAUCGAAUUGAUACGCGCUUGGAAAGAUUCAAAUGUUUGCGAAUACAAUAAUUAAAACCUCCCAUUUCUAAGCUUUAUACGAACCGAAAUAAAUAAAUUCACGAUGGAUAUCACCAAGCUCUUCGACGUCAAGGGGAAAGUCGUUCUCGUCACCGGAGGGGCCAAAGGCAUCGGAAGGAUGAUUUCUGAAGGCUACGUCGCCAACGGUGCCAAGGUUUACAUCUCAUCCAGAGACGCGGCAUCGUGCGAAAAGGUCGCAGCAGAGCUCACAGCCAAGGGGCCUGGGUCCGCCGUGGCCCUGCCGGCGAACCUGCAGUCCCUCGAGGAGUGCACCAAGCUGGCCUCCGACCUGGCGGCGCGCGAGCCUCGCCUCCACGUCCUCGUCAACAACUCCGGAGCCACCUGGGGCGCAUCUCUAGAGGAGCACCCGGACCACGCAUGGACCAAGCUCCUCACGUUGAACCUGCAGCGCGUCUUCACGCUGACGCAGCAGCUCCUUCCGCUGCUGGAGAAGGCGGCCACCCCGGCGGACCCGGCGCGCGUGAUCAACAUCGGGUCCAUUGACGCCCUUCGCGUGCCCGUGCUGGCAAACUUUGCCUACGCCGCCAGCAAGGCCGGCCUGCACCACCUGAGCCGCACGCUGGCCGUUGAGCUGGGCAAGAGGCACAUCACCAGCAACACGCUCGCCUGCGGGCCGUUUCCUAGCAAGAUGAUGGCGGCGACGCUGGACGCGGCUGGAGAUGCCAUCAGGGAGGCUUCGCCCUUGGGCAGGAUCGGGCAGCCCGAGGACGUUGCCGGUGCAUGUCUUUGGCUGUCGAGCCAAGCUGGGGCAUUUGUGAACGGGGCUACAAUCCCGUUGGAUGGAGGCAUUUCUUUGGUGUCCAAGAUGUGAGGACAUCGCAGCUAUCUGAAGCUGGAGCUCGCAGUGGCGGUAGUCAUCUCAUAUUUGUAUAAUUUCAAAAAGAAACAAAAAAUAAUAGGUGACGAGGUCCAUCCAGCUGCAUGAGAAAGUGCUGCAAAGAUUUGCUGAUAUAGAAAGGGUCAUCACAUAAGAUCGGGGCCUUUGACUCAUCAGAAUUGCAUUACAGGGACUAAUAAUAAAGGAUCCAGGACUCCAUGUACUAACACUAGAUUUUUCGCACACCUUA